AUGAGAAUUGUGGCCUCCUGCUGCAUUCUUCGUCGGGGCGACAAGCGGUCAAAAGGUCGUCUGGACCACCCGCCAUCCAAGACGUAUCUUGAUCUUCCGACAUUUGGGGAGCCAGGCGAGUAUAGCAUCGUGAUCUGCGCGGACGACGACGAGUAUGCCGGAAGGACCAAGUUGCUACAAAAGUUCGUGCCCAGCGAUGAUCCCGGUAACGCCUCGGACAAUGAUGGGCGCUGCCGCAAGCUGAUGGACAUCUCUGGCGCCGCCACGGCGAUCGAGCUCCUGGAGCUGGGCCCUCAGACAGACACGGCGAUGCUCCGGUAUCAGGUCGAGUACGCCGAUGCCUUUGCAUUUGUGUUCAGUCUCUACUCACCCAAGACGCUUGAGACUGCCCAGAAGCUGCAUGACAAGGUCGCGGGUGCGGCGAGGAAUCACCACAACAUCAUGACCAUGUCCGAUUAUGAGCGGCCGGGGAUGACGGUGCCCGUGUUCCUGAUAGGAAACAGGGACGAGGACCUCGCCCCUCCGCAGGAAUUAGAGGAGGGCGACUUCUCACCUACCGCGUUCAACGAGAAUGCUGAGGCAGAGUUGAAGGCGGUGAGAGAGAAGGGGCGGGCCAUGGCUCAGGAGUGGAAGUGUGCCUAUUUCGAGGUCGACACGUCCAAGAGCGGAGAAGAACAUGGUGUUGACGAGGCAAUCACCGGGAUUGGACACAUCAUCAAGGCAGAAGAGAGGCCGUCUACCUCCUCCACAGCAUCAUUCCGGACACCCAUGAAACCGCCUAAGCAGUACAGGAUACGACGCUUUAUAGGGAGGAUGAGCAGGAUGACGAGCUUCAGUAAUUGA